AUGGAGUACAACCCAUCUUCCUCGCACCAGGUAGUCAAGUCCGUGGCCAUUGACUUCGCGCAUCAAUUUCCCCAUCUGGCUGCGAGCGCCCACGUUCUCUAUUUGAGCUCUUCCCACGAGCUUGUGGGUUGCAGCCCAUCGGAUGAGCCACUGCCGGGACCCGUCUCUCAGCAAGCGAUACCUCCUGCAUUCUUCGCGAGAGGAGAACCGCUGCAUCUCGUGAAGUUGUUUGCGCGAUCCAUCUGGCCACCGUCGUCGCUCGGGCUUGCCCAUCUUUCUAGCCCACAGACUCCGUGGGUGGAGACUCUCACGCACCUUUCGCGCUUUGACGCGAGUCAGGAUGACGGUGCCGUCUUCGUUAUGGAGGAGAACUGCCUCCUGGUGUGGUGCACAGCCCAAGGAUCCAGCGGCCGUCUUCGCGAUACCGUUCAAUGGGGCCUGAAUCGGAUGCAGGACGAUCUGUCUGGGUCUAGGAUGUCCAACACCGGGAUCGCUCCCUCCGAGGCUUUGGGUCCAAUCACACUGGACUUCAACAACGGUCCCUCGAAUGCCCUAGACAUGAGUGAUCUCCUCGUAGCCGAUGGACUAUUUAGGAUAGACGCGAUGGACGCUUCCUCCGUCUACGGCUCCCCUUCUAGCGACUUCUCUCCCGUCAUUCACAUCACCUCCCCAUUGAUGCCAGGAUGCCACGACUUCCUCCUGUCGUCUCCUCCGGACUCCUUCCAGUACUGGCGUUCUCCCCAGGGCCUGACAUCCACUUUCCCGUCGCCUUGCGUCGACCCGAGACUUAUCUCCCCGUCCUCGAUCACUCUUGAGGACGUCGCCGAAGAUUCGUCCACUUUCUCAACUUCGCCUUUCUCAUCGGGUAGUUCUGCUGGCGGUGAUGAGCUCAGCGACGUGGGCACCCCGUUCUCCCCUAUGCCUCCCCUCCCAUCUCCAGAACAGGACCGCUUGACAGCGCAAGAUGAAGCCGCGUCGAAGACAACAUUCACUCCUCGCUUCCUUUCACCAUCGCCAGCAAAAUCUCCGCGAACGCGGGAAACGCGUGUCUCCCCGCCCUAUCGCAAACCGUCCGCUUCCCACAAAUCAUCCAAAAAACAGCGCUUCAUCUGCGAAUGUGGCAAGAGCUAUUCGCGCGACAAGGAUCGGGAGCGCCACCAGGAGACGAGCUGCGCCCUCAUCAAGGUGAAGCCUACCGUCGUAUGCGACUCCAGCGCUAGGUGCAAUCCUAAGAAGCGCGCUAGGGCCGUUGCCUAA